AUGAUGAAAGAAAGGGCUAUCAUUAUCAAGGCACUCUCUGAGGUGUCCGCCUUCGGACCUCUUGAUCGUGCCACGUUGGAGCACAUCGCUGAUGGCACCUCGGAGAGAGCGGUGCCGGACGGUGAAGUUGUUGCCGCACAAGAUGCUCUUGCUACGGAGCCGGCGGGCGGUUCUGACGGAGGGUGCGACGGGGCGGUCGGAGGAGGUGAACCGGCUGCUUGCGGGAAGCAACUUCGGCGCCGGAGAGCUUCUGGCAGCGACGAAGAACUGGAGGAAGGAAGCGCGGGGGAGGGCGAAGCGGGAGGAGGUGCCAUGACGCUCGCGGGGGGUGGAGGGAACGCCUUCCCCGACCGCGUGGCCAACGCUGUAAACCGAGUCCCGAUCUUCGCGCCCCUGUCCAUGGAGCAGAAACGCCUCGUGUCGCACGCCCUCCUGGAGGUCCACUUCCGCCCAGGACUCUACAUUUGCGAAGAGGGGAAACCGGGGAGCUCGUUCCACAUUAUCACGUCCGGUACAUGCCGGGUCACGAUCCACGACCCCAACGCUCCCGGACAACGACGGGAGGUCACUAAACUGCACCAAGACGACUUCUUCGGCGAGGUGGCCCUGUUGGAAUCCGGGCUUCGCACAGCUACCGUUGUCGCGGAGACGGACGUCACCUGCCUCAGCUUGACCAGAAGGCACUUCGACCUGUACCUGAAACCUAUCAAGGCGGCUAUCCUAGAAAGCGCGGCGGCCAAGGAGCUCCAGGUGCUGCAGAUGGACGAAGACGAGUUCGACGACGAUAUCGAAGAUCAAUUCGAUGGCAAGCCCGACAAGGCCAGAAACAGCGGGGUAGGGGACGGCGCAGGGGAGGGGGAUGGCAGCGGCGCCGGCGACCGUGGCGAGGAGAAAGGCGGCGGUGGCACUCCUGGGGCCGGGGGCAGCAGGAGCUUCAGGAACCCUAGACGAGGCGGCAGGAGACGAAAGCGGAUUACUUCGUUUCGGGGAGUGGCGACCCAUGCUCUCCGCGUCCAGAGACGAGCCCGAAUCAACUUCUACGACCGAUUCUCCGAUGAUGUGUCGAUACCCUUGUCGCCUGCGAAGGACUCGAGACGGGCCAGCCGAAGACUUAGCGGUAUCUCCGGGCGGUUGCGAGGAAGCCAGAGUAACGGCACCAGUGGUAGCGGACGAUGGAUGUUGGCGAAAGCAGCCACCGUCGCGACGGAUAUAGAAGCAUUGACAAAGAGCAGGGCCACACUGGUAGUGAGAACUAUCGCCAGGAUGAUGGUUCUCGCGCUGGAAAACGAUGCGUACGGCAUACUGCUGGACGAAAUGAUUGACAGGCCAACGACCCUCCCGGAGUGUAACAAGAUCGUCAGCAAGGUGCUCUGCGAAGAUCUCCGCAAAUGGGACGUCGCUUACGAUCUCAUCAGGGCUACGGCCCGACGGGGACUACGGAAGACAUCCACCAGGCUCAAGGAAGGAGAGCUUGCGGUGCUGUCGGGUAUGUUCCGCAUACAUCCCCUCCUUCGGCAACGUCACUGCACGGAGUGGCCAGAGUACCAUUGGUCGGAGGUUUGCAAGCACAUGCGGCUCGAGGAAGUUCGAAGCUUGGACAAGGUGUAUGUGCACGGCGCGCAUGGGACCAAAUGCUACGUCCUGUUAAGGGGCUUGGCGAGAGUACUGCAGCCCGAGGAGGACCCCAACACCGGGGUCGUUCGCUACGUUCCCGACGCGGACCUUGGUCCGGGAGACCUGUUCGGCGACGACGUGCUUCGAGGUGUGCCGAAGCGACCUAACUCGGUGGUGGCGGUGACGGACUGCGAGUUUGCCGUUUUGGACGAGUCGGACUACACGACGGUCAAGGACAGAGGGCUCUCCAAGAUGUCACUCGACGACAAAUGUCACUUCCUGAAUUAG